GGCGGGAACCAGUUCAAAGUAAAUCGGCUGAAAACAUUAAACUAAUUUCAUUCAUUGUCAUUUCGAGCUUAUUAUGUUGUAAGAUCUUAGUUCCGGAGUGUGACCAUGGUGUGACUGUGACUGUGACUGUAUUAAUACAAACAUGCAUCAGUGUCAUAGUCAACAGACCCAGGCCAAACGCAGGGAAAAGCCAUCAUGACAGCGUUGUGAACAAUUGCCAGGGUCCAAGCCAGCCGCUGCAAGCUAGAGAUUUAUUCAUUACUCAACAAACUGCUGUGCCUUGGCAGGAUCUGCCAGUUGGUGUGAAGCAGUCACCCCGUGUACAACACAGCUUUGAACAGGUGCCUCAUUCCUUGAACUCUGGUAGUGUAUUUGGCACAGGGUUCAGCUUUACAAAAUAAAGACAUGCGGCCUAUCUGUAGUGGAUUUAAACCAGAGUCUGUACAAAGUGAAAGCUACAACCAACCCACACUUGGAGGAUGUUCUCACAAACUGAUUUUCAGUGAAGACCAAUCAAGACUUCAACUUGAGGUUACAAACAUUCAUCAACCCGUAAAUGGGCAUCCGCAUUCUCAAAAAUUGAUGUCUUUUUCCCAGAAGUGUAUGUCUUCAGGUCAAAUUGGGCAGACUUGCCAUGAUGUAAAGGCAAGAUGUACUGAUAGUGGCUCACACAGAAUGAGUAACUUCCAUGUAGCCCUGCAGCCACAUGCUGCUGAGCAUGAUGAGCUGACAGCAUCUGGAUGCAGUAUGUUGCUACCAGGUGCCAGUCAAGGUCUGCUCACAAGACAUCAUGCUAGAUCACAUGACAUGAAUUCAGGAAGGAAAUCAAGAGACAGUGAAGGCGACAGUGGAGGAAACGUAAAAUCUAGAAAGCGGUUGCAUGGCAAGAGAAGCCAGCAGUUUGUUGAGGAAGAAAGUUGUUACUUGCCAUCACGUAAGCAAUUUCUUAGUGAAGAGAAAAUGGCUGCUAGGAUGAGCAACCUAAGCAUCACAAAUGAAAACAAGAUGGCUUCCUUACAGGAGCGAUGGCUGCAAGCUAAGAUACACACCAAGAGACAACUAGAAGAAAUUGAAAGCAGGUUGUCUGAUUCAGAAUCAGACGUGGAAAGUGAGUGUGACAUCGGUACUACAGGAGAUGAUACUAGCAAGGACCACUGUCGGAUUCAUGUUAGUGCAGAGCUCAAGACAGCUUUGAGACAGCAAGAAGCAUUCUUACCAGACUCUGUUGUCAAGUCUAUGUCCAAUAUCUGCCACCAGAUUGUCCUGUGGAAACCACCAUCCUCAUUUAUUUCUGAUGUCAUCAACCCAUCAGCCUCUCAAGACUUGAUUUCCAAAGAUAGAUCUGAUGGCCAGUCAAAUGACACCAUCAACCCUUCUGCCGGUCAAGUACAUGGUCUCAAUGAUACCGCCAACAAACACACAGCAGAUACUUCUCAUGACAAGACCGACUGGAAAAAUGAUUCGAGUUCAACAGAUGCAACUCAGUUGUUUGAUUUAGUGGAUGAUGAUGAUGAUAUGGAACUGUAGGCUUUGUAGGGCAAUAAGUCUUUCUGAAGGUUUGCUUAAGAACGGUUGGAUGCAAACAUUGUAAAAUGACAUUUGGCUGACUGUUUCCCAGGUGUACAUGUAUAUUCACAUAUUGUCAGUGGGGAAACCAUUAAUUCAACUUGAUUUGUUUGAUAGUACAUUAGUUUAUGCCCCAGUGCCAAAGUGCUGAGUACUAUCAGGCCAUGCUCAGGAGUUAUUGCAUGACUUUGCUCAAGUCAGACUUUUUAUAUUUUGAUAUCCUCAACAGCUGCUUCCACAACAACCAGCCCUGAAUUGCAUCACUAACAUCUUUAACAGUGCGUGCACGGUGUCUACAGUACGCAUACAAUGUACAUACGCAGAACAUGUGCAUGUAUGUAAUUUCAAUCCGUCUUGAUCAAUCUGCAACGAGUACCCCCCAGCAAUUUAUUCAUCAGUGCAUAUGCAACAUCAUUACUAUGCAUUGUGUGCUGCAACAGCUUGACCAAUCCAAUCUUAGAAGACUUGUUCAUUGUUUUCAGUGGGUGUGGAAGAGUGGAACACAUUUUGCAAAGGUUUUAAAAAAUGAACUGAAAGUUGUGCUAAUUUUAACACGUUUAUGGAGUACUAUUUAUUUUAAGUAAAAUUUUGUCUGAUUUUAAAAAAAUGUGACAUAACAUAAAUAAUAUGCAGACCAAAGUGGCUUUUAAAUGUUAUUGUGGAAAACCUUUAACCCUAACUCCCUAGGCCUUUUUGCUAGGAUGUAGCCUCAAUCCUGCAAAAUCCUCCAAGUGGCCUCGUGGUAAAAUGGCAUAUAGCCUCAAGCCUGAAUCCUGCAAAAUCCUGUGGCAGUCCUGUGCAGCGUGUUGUGAAUUCGCACAGCUGUUUGAAAACAUUGGAACGUACAUGUACCUCUAUUUUGUCAUAUCCCUCAACACAGGUUGCGUGUGCAUUCCUUCAUGAAUCUCAGGCUGUGCGAAUACGCAAACAACUCUGACUGGUGUUAAGAAUGAUUAUAUGUAUGGUUUAAAGCAAUCUGCCAAGGAUGCCAGUGGGUUUUUGCACUAGGGCCUGAAAAAUUUGACACGUGAAAGACGGCCAACUGCAAUACACCAUAAACACAUGCAUUGCAAUAUCACGUGUACAUAUAUAUUGUUUGUCUACUUCGAACUAAUACAAUUUUAUUUAUACAUUCGUGUAUGGAGCUACAUUUAGCAUGGUGAUUGCCAUGGAGCUUCGCAUGCACAAUUCUUUCUGUGUGUGCUACACACACGUGGAAAAAAUGGAAUGCCUGAUUUUGUUUUCUCCAAAACAUGACAAAGCCCGAGUUCUGACUAUAGCCUGAAAAGUGACAUCCCUGAAUCUGCAAGCGUAUUUGGAAUAAAAACGAUAUUCCUUUAAAUACUGGCUCGUUCUCAACUCGAUCACCAUUUUGAAACCGUUUUCUUUUGUCAUUUUUUUUUUCAGGACCAUAAAUCUCAGCUGCUUUCUUCUGGAGGGUACAUGGUAUAAACUUAAAAUAUUGAACAAAAAAUCAACCCUGAUCUCAAGUUGUGCAUAUUACUCUGAUUUCAUGAUUAUGUCGUCAUAUAUCAAAUUACAAGUGAUUUUAGUUGAAAAAGUGACAAGUUCUUUCACUUAUUACUCAUGAAUGAAAUCAUCAAUCAUGUUCAUACUUGGUAAUCAGAUAGAUCGUGAAGUCGCUCGACCUUUCCUUCCGGGGCUACCAGAAGGUCACGACCUGAGUUCUCAUUUUUGUAAUCAGGUUAACAUUGCCUCAGGCAAUAUUUUUUUAUUCCUGGACACAAAGCCAUGACCUUUACUUUUGGUGUAACUGGAAGAGCACUGAGAAUUGAAUGUCAACUUCAAGGAAAAAUACAACAUUUGCAAACAUCAAAAAACGAAAUGAUAAAAUUAUCAUGAAAUACCUUACUGAAUUGGUAGGGACUGACAGUCUAAAGCAUCCUUUAAAAUCGUGGCUCCUGGAGAAAACUGGCUUUUUUCAAAAACUAUUCUUAAUUUUUCAUAUUUGUGUAAGGACACAAUACUGGAGAAUAAAAUAGGGACAUGGGGAUCAAAAAUAAAAUUGGUUGUAUUUAUUUUGUUUCCCUUUCGUAAUGCUUGACCGGCCUUCCCUCAGUAGAAAAUAAUAAUGAGAAGAUAAGUUUUAAAGCAUCUUUCCUUUAUUAGCAGCUUUAUGUUGGUGAUAAAGAGAAAGUUAACGUUAGUUACAUGGUGUCCACUUCCUGCUUGUUACCAGACCAUAAUUGGCAGAAAUGGAGAUAAUUAUAGUUUCUUUAUUGCAAUAUAAGCUAUUUAUUGCUGAAAAUGUAAAAUUUUGACGAUUUCUUUUUUAUGUAAUAUUUUGUCGCAAAUUUAACAAGUGGACACCGUAACUAAGGUUAAAUAAAAUGAGAGAUUUAAUUGUUAAACCAUUUUAAUAGCAGAUCAAUUGAAAAUUUAAUGACAACAGUUUCUCACAGUAAGUACCUCAGAGAGAAAUUCAUCCAUUAAUAAUUAUAUUCCUGUGACAAUCUUAUAUGGACCUCUUUUGACAUUCUCUGUAUCAAAAUGUUACGUAAGUUACAUGUGGACACCACAGAGGCCUUCAUUUACAUAACUUUAUAUUAUUAUUGAGCCCAAAACUGAUAUUAAAUUGUUGUUCUCCAUAAUACCAUAGGGACCCAUUUUAACUAAUUAACACCAAUAUUCCAAUGGGAAGUUGUCGCUUGUAGAUAUUAACUAUCGUAUUAUACAAAGUGCACAUUGUAACUAAUGCAACUUUGGUGUCCAGCUGUAACUAACGUUAAAUCACAUGCAUGGCAUUUGUACUCCUAGUGCUCUGGAUAUCACAGUAAAUAUUUUAAACUGCUAAAUAUUCCUCAGAAAGUAAUGUGCUGUUCAAAACCAAUCAGCUAUUAUUUACUUUUCUACCCAUGUAGCCUUAUACUUACGUUAGUUACACCAUUUAGUGGACACCAUUUAUCGUUAGUUACAUAGUGUAGAAUGACUGAUUUUUUUUAUGUAGAUCAAAUGUCCUUAUUGUGAUUAGAUAUAUUGGUACACAUGUAGGGUACAACAUCACUGUUGGAGUAUUUGGCCUUUCCUCCUAACACAUAAUGAAUUAGGCAUUCAUUAUGUUGAAUAAAAAUGGACACCAAAGUGGUGACCCACCCUUAAAUAUGAUUUAAGGAAAGGUAAAGUUUAAAAACUUAUGUACAUUGUGUAUAAAGGAACUGAUAUUAUGCUUCUGAAGACUUAAUCAUCUGAAAUUACUGUAGGAUAUACUAAGGAGGGUUUAUAAAGACCCCAGUAAAUAUGCUAAAUAGGUAGACACCAAACGUAACUUACGUUAAAUAGUUUAUCUGGCGUCCCUGUGCACAAACCAGAAAUAUUUUGAAUACAGGUUACCUGUAUUUGUAAAAUUCAUUCCAUUACUAACAACUUCAAUACAAUAUUCAUCUGAGGAAAUAAAUUGUAAGCGUGUUUUUAAUUCA